AUGUCGACCACAGCCGCGCGCAGAGGGUCUUUCCCUCGCCCCAAGAGCCGUUCUCAACAGGUGCAAGAUGAUACGGAGGAGGUACGCACCCUUCGUGCCAAAUACUCGCAACAGCUCGAUAUGAUCCGCGAGCUCUUCCCCACUUGGACCGACGAGGAUCUCCUUUUCGCCCUCCAAGAAUCCCUCGGCGAUGUCGAGAACGCCGUCGUCCGCAUUUCCGAAGGUCAGGUCGAUCAGUUUUCGUCUGUCAAGUCAAAGAAGCAGGUCAAGAAGGAGUCGGGUUCUCACCAUGCCGCUUCCACGCCUUACGCUUCCCCCGCCGCUCCAUCUUCCGCCGCUCGUGGCAAUCAUGUAGGCGUUCCCGCCGGCCGCGGUCGUGGAGGUGCUUCGGUUCGAGGCGCCCGCGGUGGUCGAGGCGGCUUCCGCGGCGUCGGUGGACGUGGUGGCGGAAUUGCCCCCCAAGCCAAUGGACACGAGCUCAAGACAACCGAGACCCAGUCCGUCGAGGCCACCACCGCUCAGGCUUUCUCUCCUAUUGCUACGCCCACCUCUGGAACCAGCUGGGCUGCCGCACUCUCCAGGUCCAACAAGCCCGCCGCAGCCGCAGCUGCAGCCGCAGCCGCUACACCCUCCCCAGCACCCCCCAUCGCCAAGGAGAUCACCGAACCAGCUGUCGCGCCUUUGCAGGAUGCUGCCCCUGCUCCUGUUGCAGAGACCGCCGCUUCUCAGGCUACAGAGCCCGCCACUACGACUGCCGCUCUUCCUUCGUCCACCGAGACCUCGGCACCAGCCGUCAAGGUACCCGCCCCUUCCAAAUCGACACCAAAGGUUGGCGGAAUGAGCUGGGCUCAGAUCGCACGCAAGUCCGAGGCUCCCAAGCCUGCUGCUACUUCUGCUGCUGCCCAACCCCCAUCUGCCCCAUCUGACGCUCCCGCAUCCGACGUCGCCAUUGCCGAUUCCGUCAUCCCUCAGUCCAUCCCUGAGGACCAGCCCGAGUCGACCGAGCAGGCCGCUCCCAUCGCUGUCGACCUUUCCGUUGAGGCUGCAGCUGCUCCCAUCGCCGCCACUGAGCCCACUGCCACUGACAGUGCCGUCGUUUCUCCCCAAGCCGAGACCGAGGCUGCCCCAUCUCUCGAGACCGCAUCGGUUGCCGACAGCACCCCUGCUGCCCCUGCAGCUGACCCCAGUGCUGCCAUCGCUCCACCUGGUCUCUCGAAGACCGCAUCUCGCGGUCCGGCACAGCGCUCUUCGCAGCGUGCUCGUCAGGACGCACCUGUCGUUAUGGCUGGUGGCUCUUCGCAACUCGACAAGCUUGGCGUUCAGUUCGGCUCCCUCAACUUCCUCGGUGGGGACGCUGAGGAGGUACCAGAGGCUGCCGCCGAGGCCUCCGCUACCAAGACCGAAGCAGAGGCUGCUCCUUCCUCUGCUGCUGCUCCUACCGCUGCCACUGCCGGUGCUUCCCCAUCCGCCCACCGACAAGAUGCUCAGGUAAGUCAGCCUCAGCAGACUGAUCCGUACAGCCAGCAGUACAACGGCUUCAAGUCGGACUCUUUCGACAACUCGUACGGCUUCACCGGCCAGCCCCAACAACAGCAGCAGCAGCCCGCUCAACAACAACAACAGCAGCAGCAGCAGCAGCAGUCGGCCCAGGAUCAGAUCCACGGCUACAAUGGAUACACCUCCAUCGGUCAGAACCCGACCUCCUCUCUGCCUCAAUCCCAGCAGGCGGCUCAGCCUCAGCAUGGUCUUCACGACUACUCUUCCAUGUACGGCGGGCUGGACUCGCAGCGCCUCGCUCAGUUCUACGGCGCCUACGACCAGGGCUCCAACGCUUUCGGUCAGCGCUCCGACGACAAGUCACAGUCGCAGACCUCGCAGCAGGGUCAACAGCAGUCGGCAUCGCAACAGGGCGCCGACCACCAGAGCCAGCAGCCGCACCAGCUCCAGGGUCACCAGGCUGGUCCUGGUCUGCACCAGCAGCAAGCUCCUCAGCAGCAGUUCCCGGGCAUCAUGCCCUACUAUUAUCCUCACUACUACAUGCCAAACCAAUUCCAGCAUUACGGUCAACCUGCUGCCGGCUAUGGUCAGUACCCCGUCUACGGUCAGCCCGCUGCUCAGCCUCAGCACGCCUCCAAGCCCGGCACUCCUGCUGCCAUCAACUCGCCCUACAACCAGGGCCCCCAAUCUGACGCCAACGCCUACGGUGUACAGAACCACUACGGGCAAACGCCCAGCUCGGCCAACCUCUCGUCGUACGACCAGGGCUUCGGUCGUGGCAUGCCCGGACUCGGCGGCAUGUCGGACUACUCCAAGAUCUAUGGCAAUGCUAUCCCCGGCCUCGGUGGAUUCCUCGGUAGUGGCGCAGGUGGUGCACCUCCCUCACAGCACACUGCCUCGACCAACACUGUUUCUGGCAACAACGGAACCCCUCACCUCGGCGCGCAGCAAAAGACAGGCGCCUCUCCGGGCAACGCAUUAGACAGCUACCGUCAAUUCGAUGCCAACGCCUCCAAGGGCUCGGCCCAGUCGGCAUCGGCCUCAAGCCAGGUGGGGCGUGGCCAGGGUCAGUCACAGGCAGCGCCUCAACAGCACCAGCAGGCUCAGCAGCAGCAGCAACAGCAGGCCCAGCAACAGCAGCAGCAACAGCAGCAACAGCACCAGCAGUACUACCAGCAGUACGGUGCCUACGGACACCAGGCCAGCAGCAACGCCUACUCCAACUACCCUUACGCCCGUCAAUACUGGGGACAGUAG